AUUAAAUUCGCGAACGAUCAUCUAAUCAACAAUACGUAUCUACGUCUCUCGUCCACCUCAUGGCCGGCCACUCUGGCCAGUGUUGUACCGACCAACGCGACCGACAGACGUACAUUUCGGUAUUUCGUUUAACUAGUGCUGUGCUCACGCGAGUUAUUAAACACAUCAUAAAUAAUGAUAUUUGUGACAUUUCGUGUUCUAUAGUGAUAUAUUGUGAUAGUUAUUUUUUGGUGUUUUUUUUUUCUUUAUAAAGAAAGACGUGACUUGGAGUGCGCGUGAGUGACGCCCGACCUCUCCCGACGUUUGCCGAUCGCCCCCGGAACUUUUUAGCGGGAAAACAAUGAAGGGGUGGGAAAUAAUUUUCUUUGCCCUUCUGGGCUUCGCUUUGGGGCAAGGACCGGAAAAACGUCGGACGGGCAAUGUAUGUAGUGUAGAUAUGGACUGCCCAGACAACGCGUUCUGUCGUCUGAACAGCUACUGUGUCUGCAAGGAUGGGUUCGUGUACGCAGCAAUCAAUGGCACACACAAAGGGUGCUUGAAAGAGGCUCGUAUUGGGGAAGAGUGUGUGCAACACAUCCAGUGUCACUCCACUACAGGCAUCCACUCGGAGUGCACCAACGGAGUCUGCGCUUGCGCACCCACUGCGCACUUCGAAGACGACAGGUGUUACGAGACUGCCGUUAUCGGUGAUCGUUGUGUUGUGGACCAGAACUGUUAUUUGGGAGACAAAGGUCCUGAGCGCCAGGCUUUCUGCGUACGAGGGUACUGCACGUGUCAGCUGCAGUUCAGCCCAAGGGAUAAUGGCACCAGAUGUGUCCGUGACGCGACGCUAGGUGAAGAGUGCGAGGAUCAGAUGCAGUGCGCCGGCGCAGGUCUAGAGUGCAGGGGCACCUGUCGUUGCAGGGAGAACUGGGUAGCUCAUAAUGGCACCAACUCAUGUGUGGAAUCCGUAAAAGCCCUGAACGAGUCGUGUGAAUACGACGUGCAAUGCGAAGGUCUGGCCGGAUUGCCGGAAGCACGGUCGCCGGGCGCGGCGCUUUGUCUGGGCGGCACGUGCGCCUGCGGAUACAAUGCACGCGCAGCCGGCACUCCGGCUCGAUGCUGGCACCGUCGCCGGCCCGGACAGGAGUGUAAGAGGGAUGAGGAAUGCGUAUCAGAGGAGAACGAGCCAGGAUACUGCCUCUCCGGUCGCUGCACGUGCAAGAAUUGCUCCCCAGAUGCCAAAGACUUCGGUGGCGCCGCCACACUCUCUCGCCCGCCAUUAAUACUGUCCGCCAUCUUGGCAAUCGCCGCCAUUUUGAGAUACCAGCUGUAAAACAACGACAAAACGUUUAUUUAUUAUUGUUGUAACAUAGCGAAUCUAAGGAGAAAUGAUAUUAAUUGGCUCGAUAGAACAAAAUUGUCCAGACACUUGUGGGACCUCAAAAUUAUAAGUCCUUCCAGUAUGAAAAGUUAUUAUAUUGUCAAUUAAUGUAGGUUACCUCU